UGUUUUUCAUUUUUCAUUUUUUCCUUUCCUGUCUCCGUCUCUCGACUCCUUGGACUCGGUGUAUCUAUCUCACAGAGAAAAACUGGGAUCCAAAAUUAAAUUAUAAUUUAAUUAGUGAUUAUUUAUUUAAAGAUGCAGCUGAUAAAUGCGGUGAUGGCGACGAGGAUGUUGACGGUGUUAGCUCAAUCAAACGGAGAAGAUGGAAUUCCGUUUGGAUCGGUCUCAUGGUUUGUGUACGCAGGAAUUUCUUGCUUCCUCGUUAUCUUCGCGGGUAUCAUGUCUGGUCUUACCUUAGGCCUCAUGUCUCUCGGCCUUGUAGACCUCGAGAUUCUUCAACGUAGUGGCACUUCUACCGAGAAAAAACAAGCUGCUGCAAUUCUUCCGGUUGUUCAAAAGCAGCAUCAGCUUCUGGUGACUCUGCUUCUAUGUAAUGCUAUUGCUAUGGAGGCUCUUCCUAUAUACUUGGAUAAGCUUUUCAAUCAGUAUGUUGCUAUUAUACUUUCUGUGACUUUUGUGCUAGCUUUUGGGGAGGUUAUUCCACAAGCAAUAUGCACCAGAUAUGGACUUGCUGUAGGUGCCAACUUUGUAUGGCUUGUGCGAAUUUUGAUGAUAACUUGUUAUCCAGUUGCAUAUCCCAUUGGAAAGGUUCUGGAUUGUGUGUUAGGACAUAAUGAAGCAUUAUUUAGGCGGGCUCAAUUAAAAGCUCUCGUUUCCAUCCACAGCCAGGAGGCUGGCAAGGGUGGUGAACUCACACACGAUGAGACAACAAUUAUUAGUGGGGCACUAGAUUUGACUGAAAAGACUGCUGAAGAGGCUAUGACACCUAUUGAAUCAACUUUCUCCCUAGAUGUCAACUCGAAGUUGGACUGGGAGGCAAUGGGAAAAAUUCUUGCCCGGGGUCAUAGCCGAGUUCCUGUGUAUUCCGGGAAUCCAAAAAAUAUCAUUGGACUUCUUCUGGUGAAAAGCCUUCUCACUGUUCGACCUGAAACAGAGACCCCGGUUAGUGCAGUUUCUAUCCGAAGAAUUCCACGGGUUCCAUCUGAUAUGCCUCUGUAUGAUAUACUGAAUGAGUUUCAAAAGGGUAGCAGUCAUAUGGCAGCUGUUGUGAAGGCCAAGGGGAAAAGCAAGGAUCUCCCGCCAGCAAUUGACGGAGAAGAACAGGAAGGAAGCAAAGUAACUGGCAGGGAUUCCCAAUUGACUACUCCAUUACUGUCCAAGCAAGAUGAGAAGUCAGAUAGCGUUGUUGUGGAUAUUGACAGGGUUUCAAGGUCAAGUAGGCAUCCUUCUUCACAGCGCAAUGAUACUUCAACAAAUGGAUUGCCCCAGCUAUCAGAGGAUAUUGAAGAUGGUGAAGUAAUUGGCAUCAUCACCCUAGAAGAUGUAUUUGAAGAACUUCUGCAGGAAGAGAUUGUGGAUGAAACAGAUGAAUAUGUAGAUGUACAUAAAAGAAUCCGUGUGGCAGCAGCUGCAGCUGCUUCAUCUGUGGCACGGGCGCCGUCAAGUCGAAGGUUAACAGCCAAUAAGGGAGCUGGAGGACAAAUUAAGUCAGGGCAAACACUGAAGAAAUCUGAGAAUGAUUCAAGUGCCACAAGGUUACAAGGAACAGCUGGUGAGCCUUUUUCUUGGAAACAAUAGGUAAAUAGUUUAUAAGUACGUACUUUGGCAAUAAUCCUGAAAAGAGUUUGUGUUUUGGUCUGCCCCGUAACACUAAGAACUAAAUGCCUGUAAUAUAGCAACACAAGUUUUGUUUAUAUUUGAUAACAUUUUCUUUAAACUAUUUUCUUUUCCAUUAUACUUGAUCUGGAAUUGUGCUUAGAAACAUAAAUGUGGAGGACUUAGAACCUCUUGGUAGCCCCCCAUUAGUUUUUGGAAUGUAUUUACAUGACAAUAUAUUCCAGAUCAUAAUAAGGCAUGUACCAUAGCGUUGUGAUGUCAAUAUGACUUGUAUUUUUUGGUUUUAGUUCU